AACGGACAUUAUUUGCCAAUGACUAUUGUAUCUUCUAUGGCGUCACAGAGUUGGGAAUCUGCUGACAAGACUGUCAAAGCCGAGCCAAAUCGAACUGUUAUCCAAGAAAACUUAACUCUGAAAAAAACAUUAUUAGAAUUGACGGAAUUUAUUGAAAAACGGUUGAAAGAGCUUAAUGUAAAAAUGUUCGACUACUCACAGUUUAGAGAGCUCGAAUUUGUUGGAAGCGGAGGAUACGCAAAUGUAUAUUCUGCUAAGUUCAAUGGACGACGAUAUGCACUGAAGAGUCUGAGAAGUACAUUGCGAUUAGAACAUAAAGAAGUUAUGACAUUCAUUCAUGAG